AUGAAUCGUUUGGCUGGAGAGCUGUGGAGUGGCAGUGAAGAGGAAGAGGCGCAGUCUGCAGAUGAAUGGUGUGCUGAUGAGAGCGCGACUAGUUCUGAAAGGCAAGACAGCUCAGAGCACAAGUCUUCUUCUGAUGACACUGGCGACCCCCCCAAACCUUUCCGUUGGCGUAAGUUCGAGACAGCUCAACGAUCUGAAUCUGGCGAAUUCAUUCUGGUGCCAGAAGUGAUCGGAGUUGGACGAUUCGGGGUUGUAUACAAAGCGAUGGCAGAGAGCAACUUCACAGAGGGAAAGCUGAAAGUGGGCACUGUGUUUGCGAUCAAGGAGUUCACGCUGAAGAAAGGAGCUCUCAGGGAUGAGCAGAUAGCAAAGAUCAUGCAAGAGAUCGAUUGCCAUCGUCAGUUAGAUCAUCCAAACAUCGUCAAGGUGUUCGGUGCGGAUUCAGAUAGCUUGGUCUUCAGAGUGUUCUUGGAGUACAUGCCCAUGGGCAGCAUCGCAGGAUUGUUGAGGAUUAUGGGUUGUCUCGAGGAAGAAGUUGUGCGACUGUUCGCAAAGCAGCUGGUGGGAGGACUCUGCUACCUCCAUGAGAACCACAUCGUCCAUCGAGACAUCAAGCCGGCCAACUUGUUGCUUGGCAUGAACGGGCUGUUGAAGAUCAGUGAUUUCAGCGAAGCCAAAUGGCUGCCGAAUGUGAUUGAAGAUAUGAGCGCAAACAAGAUGCUUCAGAGCAUGCGGGGAACCUCUAGGUACAUGGCUCCUGAAGUGAUUCGUCGUCGCUACACUUAUGCUGCAGAUGUGUGGUCGGUGGGGUGUUCAGUCCUCGAGAUGUUGACAGGCAACAUUCCCUUCUCCUCCUUCAGCACAGACAUCGCUGUGAUGCGGAAUGUGGUUAAGAAUGAAGACCCGCCCAACAUCCCCUCGGACUUGACGGACCUCUGCCAGGACUUCAUCUUGAGCUGCUUCGUGCGCGAUCCCAACAAGAGACCCUCUGCAGCAGAGCUGGAGAAGCACUCGUUCUUG